AGCUCUCCCAACCCUCACACUGAAUCUCGUCUUCCCUCUUUCGAUUUCCAGCCACGGCAACCAGUGAGUGAAACCGUGUCUUUGUUGUUGCGCGUGAAAGGUUGCGUUUAUCCGCACUUUUCUCGGCGGUUAAACGGGAGCACGAGCAGGCGGAUCACCCGCAGCGAACCCGAGCAGUUAAGACGCGGCAAACAAGAGCGAAAACUAAGCAAAACUUGGAUCUGUUGAGUUCCGUAGUCAAAGCGGAACAUACCUCGAUCCCUCUUGCGAUUAUUUCCUCUUUUUCUCUGGACGGGGAAAGGCUGUUGGAUUGGGUUCGAGCAGACUGGAUCGUUACGGGUUCGUUCACGCUGGCGUGAUAUAACAAGUUUCCAUCUAUUUAUAUGCGUCUAUAGUCAACUCGCGGAGGUCAGAUUUUCAUGUAGGAAAAACAACGAAUUCCGUCCGGCUGGUUGACUGGCACCAAAUCUGAAGUUAGUUCCCAGAUGCAGAGUAAACAAACGCGCUUUACGAGCAGACAUCCAAAGAAAGACUUUAUUUGUCCGCGCACGCUUUUACUUAGAGACAUUUUUCGUAUUUAUCAGGAGUUUUAAGGAGAGGGCUUGUUUCGAAGCCAACAGGGGUCGUUUCUUCUGGAUGCACUGAAUAAGGGAACGUCCCAUGUGCGGCUGCCACUCUUCCUGACAGAAACAGCCAUCAAAGCUCUAAGUUUCUCCGUGGUGCAUCUUCAAGCUGACAGAUCUGACGUCCUACAGCGUGACUAAAAUUUAACCGGUAUAAUGGCCAACAACACCACAGACCACCCGCAGGGGAACUCGGUCGUCGAGGUUGACCAUGAGGGGGAUUUUGGAUGCACGACGAUGCAGCUUCGUGAUCUGAUGGAGCUUCGCAGCUCUGAGGCGGUCAGCAAGAUCUCCGAAUGUCACGGAGAUGUGCAUGGGAUCUGCCUCAAACUAAAGACCUCUCCCGUCGAAGGACUCUCUGGUAACCCUACUGAUUUGGAAAAACGCCACGCAGCGUUUGGUCAGAACUUCAUCCCCCCAAAGAAGUCCAAGACCUUUCUUCAGCUAGUGUGGGAAGCCCUCCAGGACGUCACCCUUAUUAUUCUGGAGGUGGCAGCUCUUAUUUCCCUCUGCCUGUCUUUCUACCACCCGUCAGGGGAAGGCCACGACAGCUGUGGAGAAGCAGCUGGUGGUGCUGAGGAUGAGGGUGAAGCUCAAGCAGGCUGGAUCGAAGGUGCUGCCAUCUUGUUUUCUGUAAUCAUUGUGGUGCUGGUGACCGCGUUCAACGACUGGAGCAAGGAGAAACAAUUUCGUGGGCUGCAGAGCCGCAUUGAGCAGGAACAGAAGUUCACGGUCAUUCGCAAAGGACAGGUCAUCCAGAUACCUGUGGCUGAAAUUGUUGUAGGUGACAUCGCACAAAUCAAAUAUGGUGACCUUCUCCCAGCUGAUGGUAUCUUGAUCCAGGGUAAUGACCUGAAAAUUGAUGAAAGCGCUCUGACUGGGGAGUCUGAUCAUGUCCGCAAAUCUCUGGAGAAGGACCCCAUGCUACUUUCUGGGACUCACGUGAUGGAGGGAUCUGGCAGAAUGGUGGUCACUGCUGUCGGCCUGAAUUCUCAAACUGGAAUCAUUUUCACCCUCUUGGGCGCUAGCAGUGAGGAUGAGGAGAAGAAGGUGAAGAAAGGUAAAAAACAAGGACCCCCCGAAAAUCGCAACAAAGCUAAGACCCAAGAUGGCAUUGCCCUUGAGAUCCAACCGCUGAAGAGCGAGGAAGGAGCAGAGUGUGAAGAAAAGGAGGAGAAGGAAGAGAAGCAGAAAAAGAAGGUCAAUGUCCCCAAGAGGGAGAAGUCGGUCCUGCAGGGCAAGCUGACCAGGCUGGCAGUUCAGAUUGGAAAAGCAGGUCUCAUUAUGUCCGCUGUGACCGUCAUCAUUCUCAUCCUUUAUUUCGUCAUCGAUACCUUCGGCGUGCAGGGACGCGAGUGGACGGCCGAGUGCACGCCCAUCUACAUUCAGUACUUUGUGAAGUUUUUCAUCAUUGGUGUGACUGUGCUGGUUGUGGCGGUACCAGAAGGAUUACCUCUUGCUGUCACUAUCUCCCUGGCAUAUUCUGUAAAAAAAAUGAUGAAGGACAACAACCUAGUGAGACAUCUGGAUGCUUGUGAAACAAUGGGUAACGCCACGGCCAUCUGUUCGGAUAAAACUGGAACGCUGACUAUGAAUCGCAUGACGGUGGUGCAGGCUUAUAUAGGUGACACACACUAUAAGAGUGUUCCUGAACCAGAUGUCAUUAAUCCCAAUACUCUUGAACUACUGGUGAACAGCAUUUCUAUAAACUCGGCAUACACUAGCAAGAUCCUGCCCCCUGAAAAGGAGGGUGGUUUGCCGAGGCAUGUGGGUAAUAAGACGGAGUGUGGACUUCUGGGUUUGGUUCUGGCACUAAAGAGAGACUAUCAGCCUGUUAGGGAUGAGGUUCCCGAGGAGAAAUUUUACAAAGUUUACACGUUCAACUCAAGUAGAAAGAGCAUGAGCACCGUGGUGAAGAACGCAACCGGUUCCGGGUUCCGCAUGUACAGCAAGGGCGCUUCCGAGAUCCUUCUGCGCAAGUGCUCUCAAAUCCUCGAUGCUUCAGGCCAGCCACGUGCCUUUAAACCCAAGGAUCGGGAUGAAAUGGUGCGCAAAGUGAUCGAGCCGAUGGCCUGCGAAGGGUUAAGAACCAUUUGCGUUGCCAUGAGAGAUUUCUCGUCGGAACCAGACUGGGAAAAUGAGGCAGAUAUUUUGAACGAUUUGACCUGCAUCUGCGUGGUGGGCAUUGAAGACCCUGUCCGCCCCGAGGUUCCUGAGGCUAUUUCUAAAUGCCAGAGAGCUGGCAUCACUGUCCGCAUGGUCACCGGAGACAACAUUAACACAGCUCGUGCUAUUGCCACAAAAUGUGGAAUCCUGCUGCCCGGAGAAGACUUCCUGUGCAUGGAGGGCAAAGACUUCAAUCAACAGAUCCGCAAUGAUAAAGGAGAUGUAGAGCAAGAGCGUCUUGACAAGGUCUGGCCCAAAUUGCGUGUUCUGGCCCGUUCCUCCCCAACUGACAAACACACACUGGUGAAAGGCAUCAUUGACAGCACAGUUGGAGAGACCAGACAGGUGGUGGCUGUGACUGGAGAUGGAACCAACGACGGCCCUGCUCUCAAAAAAGCCGAUGUUGGGUUUGCUAUGGGAAUUGCAGGCACAGAUGUUGCUAAGGAGGCCUCUGACAUCAUUCUUACCGAUGACAACUUCACAAGUAUCGUCAAAGCCGUGAUGUGGGGACGUAACGUGUACGAUAGCAUCUCCAAGUUUUUGCAGUUUCAGCUGACGGUCAAUGUGGUGGCUGUGAUUGUUGCGUUUACUGGGGCCUGCAUCACACAGGACUCUCCUCUUAAAGCUGUUCAGAUGUUGUGGGUAAAUCUGAUUAUGGAUACGCUGGCAUCGUUGGCUCUGGCCACAGAACCCCCGACAGAAUCACUACUACUACGAAGACCUUACGGACGGGACAAGCCACUCAUUUCCAGGACUAUGAUGAAGAACAUCCUAGGACAUGCCGUCUAUCAGCUAACAAUCACAUUUACUCUUCUAUUUGCUGGUGAGAAGUUCUUCAACAUUGACAGCGGCCGUAAUGCUCCCCUCCACUCCCCGCCAUCUGAGCACUACACGAUCAUAUUUAACGUCUUCGUCAUGAUGCAGCUUUUCAAUGAGAUCAAUGCCCGAAAGAUUCAUGGAGAACGAAACGUGUUCGAGGCAAUCUAUCGGAACCCCAUAUUUUGCAGCGUUGUGCUGGGUACCUUUGCUCUGCAGAUCAUUAUUGUGCAGUUUGGUGGGAAGCCAUUCUCCUGCACGGCCCUCACUAUUGAUCAGUGGCUCUGGUGUGUCUUCAUAGGGGUUGGUGAGCUGCUCUGGGGACAGUUCAUCUCUGCCAUCCCCACGCAUCGCCUCAAGUUCUUGAAAGAGGCCGGUCAUGGCAUACCGAAAGAGGAUAUCCGAGAGGAGGUGAUGACUGAGGGUGAUGAUGUUGUCGACCAUGCCGAGAUGGAGAUGCGUAGAGGCCAGAUUUUGUGGUUCAGAGGCCUCAACCGCAUCCAGACUCAGAUGGAUGUGGUUUAUACAUUCCAGACAGGCCAAACGGCAGUGCCCGGGGCCCUGCGUCGCCAGCCCUCCGUGGUCAGCCAACAAAACGACAUUAAGGUGGUGAAUGCAUUCCGUAGCUCCCUGUACGAGGGCCUAGAGAAGCCAGAAUCCAGAAGCUCCAUCCAUAACUUUAUGUCCCAUCCUGAGUUUGUACCCCUGUCUGAGGAGGAAGCCCGCGUCCCAACGAUAGAGGAGGGCUGUGUAGAGAUCGAGUUCCCCUCCUCUUCCCGAAACGGAGGCGGCGGCGAGCCCCCAGAUCGCUCUCUCCACAGCCGGGAAUGUUCCGUCUGACCCUCACACUACCCUCCGUUGUCCAGUGUCAUUGCCCCGAAAUGUUUGUUUUUUACCUGCGUACCGGACGCCACCACUCAUCCGAUGAACCUGCGGGGAUGCGCAUCUGAGAGACAGCACCUAGAGCAGCCAACGGGGCGACCAUGAUCCUCCUCAAACAUCCUCCAUACCCCCACCCCUCUGCCCCCUCGACUUGCACUGUGUCGCCAGCAGCAGCAGCAGCGCUCUGUAAGUACAUGCGGCUGUGCUGCAGCCCAUGUGACGCAUGGCCUAACUCACACACUAGAGGGAGACGCUGCGGCAGACGCCCUCUCUCAGCCUGUCACUGGCAUUUUUAUCUCUUCUACAGUUGUGAUUUUUCUCAUUUUUUUUAUAUCGUCUCUGAUCUCGUGUAUUGCUGUAAUCAUGUUUGUUUUUGGCCCAGGACUCUCAUUUACAUUUGGUUUUCACCGAUCCAGCCGAUUGUGUUCAUGCACUCAUGGAUUCAUGAUUUUCGAUUUCUCGUUUUUGUUUUAAGGUGGAUUCCGAGUCGUGGUGAAGCUAUCAUGUUACACAAAAUGUUUUUAUGUUUUUAAGUAGUUCAGACACACUACGUUCUUAUCUCAGUGCCGAUAGGCUAAUUUUGGGUUUUCUGUCACUUUAUAUGUACAGAUGUAAGGCUGCUAUAGUGAACAUUAGCAGAAUUAAGACUCUAAAGCUUAUUCAAUGAGUUAAGAAUACCUGAUUGGCUCUUAAAGGGGCAGGGAGGGUAAUCCUACAUCAUCUCAUCAAAUCACACCCAACGGGCAUCUCUAGUCUCUUGUUAGAUAUUUUAAUGCUUAUCUGCCUCAAAAACAAAUGCCCUAGCUAAUUGACCAAGUACUUUAUCAAAGGUACAGCACAUCACCGUAGUGUGCAUGUAUCUAUCUGUAGGUUCAUCUGUGUCUGAUUGUAUGGGAAUGGGAAUUGUUAUGCUUAUCUACUAAUAAAUAAAAUGUUCCUUUCUAUCUCUUUUAGAGUAAAAAAUAGAAGUGAUUCUAAUGUAUGUGCGUACUUUCAAACUAAACCUAUCCAGUCUUUUCACCUCUUGAUUGGCUCUGCAGUUAGGUGUCCUGUUUGUUGACAUCACACACAGCUUGAAAGGGUUGAUCAGUUUUUUAGGACUGCAAAUCCCAUCAUUCUGCACGUGUACAUUUAAGGCCCGUAGUAAGCAUGCUUUUGCUAUUAAGGCCACACACAAUAACCUCUGUUGGACCCUGACAGCUCUCUGUUCGGCCCGGAUGACAAACUAGACCGGGCGGUUCUGUAAGAGCGUAGCGUCAAUGACCAUGUGCUUUUCAUUACUACUGCCAUAGUCCGACCUUUCGCUCGUACCAGUCUGGGUUAAAUAGAUUCAAGUUCCACCUUUUCUACUUGCUCAGAGCCAUAUUUUAUAGAUUGUUCUUUUAUAUCCCAUUGUUUUUGCAGUUUAUUUUGUAUUUCCAGCUAAAUUCAAAAGAAACAGAGAGUCACUGCCUAAAGAAAAAAGAAAAACAACUUAGACGGACCACUUUAAUGUUUACGGAAUGGCUCCACAGCUGAUGCUGCGCUUCCCCCUACUGGUAGUUUUUGUUAUUUUUCGGUAUAUUAUUGUGGGGAAGCAUGCAUGGAUUUCAUAUAAAAUUCAAUGUUUUGUUCCUUUUUUACAAUUGUUCUGUAUUUUUAUAUUAAGUACUUUUUAAUAUUUUGGAAAAAUAUAAAUAUAGGUGUAUAGGCCAGAGAGUUUGGUGAUUUGAUUGACAAAUUAACAAAACAUCAGUUGAGUAUAUAUUGCAGUUAUAUAUAUAUAUAAAUAUUUAUGCCACAUUUGUAACCACAUGGGGUGUCAGAUUUGAUGUCCGAGCUGAGAAGUUGUGUUUACUGUAAGUGUGAGGACCGAUCAAGUUCUCAUUAGGAAAGUGAGCAUUUAUUGGCCUUAUUCCUGUGGCUUUUCACGCCGUCCUUAACUUUGGGUUAUCUUCAUUAUAACAUGGGAUUAAAAUGAAAAUGAUCCAGGGUUAAGCACAGUUUAAAAAGCCUUAAACCGAAAUGUUAUGUGCUGGCUACGGUGAAGUCUUUAAAAUAAUAGUUUUGCCACUUUUAAUUGGAUUCCUAUAAAGUUUGACUAAAUCGCAAGACUUCAAGUAAAAGUUUUCAAACUCGACUGUCUUGUAUAUUGUUUAGGCGGAUACAUCAUUGUAAAUUAUUUUUUGUGUGAGAUUUUUAUGUAAAACCAUCAGACAUGGCAAAGAGCAGGUUAUCCAAAAUAACUUCAUGUGUUUGUCCCCACAUAAAAGCAUGUCUGUGUGUUGUUGAACUACGAUUUAUCUUUGUGCAAACUUUAAAUGCUUCAUUGUAUGCAGCUCUGAAUACAAAUUAAAUAUGCUUGUUUUCCAUGAAAGUACAAGGGAUGCAUUUGAUCUUGUGGAAGCAGUCGGUGGUUUCCAAUUAGAGCUUUAUAAAAUUUCUGCCAAAGUGUUGGUUUGUACAAUCAGUUUUUUCUUUUCUGUUUUCCCUGUCAUUGGAUCAACUGUUUAACUGGACUGCAUCCUACUGUUUUUCUCCAUGAGGAUAUGAAAUAUGGUAUAUUCCCUCAUCGCUUGGACAUAUAAUAAUUACCCAGAAAAAAAAGAGAAACGAUCCAUCGUCUUAAUUUCAUGUUUGUCUCUUUUAACUUUAAUAGCUCUUGCGAACAGUUUUUGUUAUUGCACAUGUUACUCUCUCGCAUUGUGUAAAGAGAGAGACUCUUGCUUCAAGGUGUUGUGCAAUAACUUUGAAUUUUAAUGCAUUACUACUCUACUGAAGUUGUCUGACAGUUCUCGUUUGUUUGGGUGGGGACAAAUGAUACACCACAGCUGUAAAUAAAAGAUUGUGUUUUAAAACUGGAA